UGAAAAAACUGAAAAAAGUAAGUGGUAUAAUCAAUGGAAGGAAAGGAGCCAAUUCCAUUGCAUCAGCCAACGCAUAACAGCAAAAUCUAACGCCCCCGCCCCCACCCCCUACAACCACCCGACUCCCAUCGACCACUCUCCAUCCACCCACGCGCCGCCGAUGGGUGCCGCCGAGCCCGAAGCUCUGCGCAGAGAAAACGAAGACGAAGAAGAAGAUAAACAGGAGGAGAGAGAAAAUGGGAGGAAGAAAGAAGAAGAAAAAGAAGAAGAGUUACCGGAUUUAGAGAGAGGAGAGAGAAACAUCAACGGCAAAGAAUCAGUUCAAACACAUCCCCCAACUGGAUUCCACAUGUCCAGGAUGCAGCGAUUGAGCAACACGAAUCCGUUGAGACUCGUUAUGAAUAAUGCCACAAGAGUCGCCUCUCCUUCUCCCGCCCACCACCCUCCUCCUCCUCGCCGCCCCACACCGUCGCCGCUGCAGCAGCCUCACCAACAACAACCGCCGCCGCAGCAGCAGCAGCAGCAGCCGCAGCAGCAGCCUCGCUCCACCACACCCACCCCACAAAUAUCAAUUGUCACACUGAAUUCAAGAUCCUACACGAACAAAAUCUCUCUAUUCGUGUUCAUCCUGCACAUGGUCGGUGCCGUUGGGCUUGUCGGAUUCUUGAUUUUCAAAGGGGUGCAAGGCCUAUUACAAGAAGGCAGUUCCCAAAGAAGAGAAAAGAGAAUCUUGAAGUACUUCCUCCCCCAAGUCGAAGCCGCCUCGUUUCUCAGCAUAACGCUCGCAUUCAUGUGGCAAAAGGCGGUCCGAGUGUGGCCCAAAUUCAUGGUCCAUGUCAUCAUUUGGGGCUCCUUCACAUUCACAUUAGCCGCCGGGAUUCUGCUAAUCUGCUUUCAAAUCCCCGCGACAGAUGGCAUCGGGGUCGUGUUCAUCGCAUUUUCAGUCGGGAACGGAUUGUACGCGUGUUGGGUGACUCAAAGAACGAGUUUUUGCUCCAAGAUCUUCAUCAAAUCUCUCGAGCCUGUCUCGAAGUUCCCCGAUAUAAACCAGCCCACUUAUUGGAUGCUCGGUGCGGGUUUCUUGUGGAUGUCGUUUUGGAUAAUCGCUGUGAUUGGCGCGUUGAAUUUCUACGUGCCGCCUCUGGUUAUAAUGGCGUUGGUUUUGAGCCUAGCUUGGAUAACCGAAGUGAUGAGGAAUGUGGCUAAUCUGACCGUUAGUCGAGUGAUUGCUCUUUAUUACCUACGAGGAAUGCAGUCGAGUACUCAGUUUUGCUUCCAACGGGCCAUGUCCAACAAUCUUGGAAGCGCUUGCCUCGGAUCUUUAUUCGUGCCCGCGAUCGAAGCUUUGAGAAUCGUUGCCCGCGGUUUGAAUUUGAUCGAGGGUGAAGACGAGUUCAUGUUUUCUUGCGCGCAUUGUUGUCUUAAAGUGAUGGAUUCGAUCUUCACACGAGGCAAUGGUUGGGCUUAUGUUCAGAUUGCGGCGUAUGGAAAGGGUUUUGUGAAGGCUUCGCAAGAUACGUGGGAGUUGUUUUCGAAGAGAGAAAUGGUCGAGGUUGUUGAUUCGGAUAUUACGAGUGCUAUUUGCUUCCUCACCGGAAUUUGCAGCGGCUCGAUUUGUACUAUUGUGGUGGCCGCUUGGACGGCCACAGUCCACCGUGGCUACAUUGCUACACUCUCGGUUUUAGCCGCCUUCAUCGGUUACCUAAUGACUAGAAUUGCAAUGGCAUUGCCCCAUGCCUGUGUGAGCUGUUACUACGUUUGCUAUGCCGAGAAUCCCGAAAACAGGCUAUUCGACAGGACGAUACCCGACCGACUCGAUCUGAUAAGAUCGGGUCGGGAUGUGGCCGUGCCGACUCCGAGGGUUCCUCGCCGGUUUCAAAGAUAGCAUUAGUUAAUUAAUUAUUCGAUUUAAUUUAAUUGAUGUACAUAUCUAAAUUAUUGUUACAUUGAUUUUUGAGAUACAUUUUGUCACAUGAAUAAGGGGUUUUUAGCCUACUUAGAUUGUCUAACCGAUUGAGAUUGUUGUGGAAGUUGCUUUUUGAGAUUGGUGGGCACAUUGAAGAUUCUAAUUAACAAGGCUACAAGGAGAAAGGUGAACUUUCUAGAUGUAUUUUUGUGGGAUUAAAAUCUUUGUUG